AUGUCGAAACCUUCUGUUAUCCCCGUGUUGCUCCUCAAAACUCGAUCCCUACCUCACGACGGCUACGAAGAGUACUUCUCUACACCGUCCUUCGCGGAUGGCGGAAGGCCAAUUUUCCAGCCUCAAUUUGUCCCCGUCCUGGAACAUUGGCCGAAUGCUAAGAGCUUGGCUGUGCUAGAGGACUUGUUGAAAAGUGGACACCUAGCGGACAAAUAUGGCGGAAUGAUCUUCACGAGUCAGAGGGCUGUUGAGGCUUGGGCUGACGUGGCCAAGAAGGUGGAACAAGAAGCCGGACGGAAUGAGGCCUACGGCACGGGGACUGCAGGUGUGACUACCUCAGACGGUAGCGAGGACGCAACAGAGGAUACCCCUUCCCAACUGGUCGAGGAUGACUUCUCAUUCCCGUUCUACACAGUCGGUCCAGCAACCUCGCGAGCGUUGAAGACCUUAAUAGACACAUCUUCAUCCUCAACCAACAAAGUGUCACCGCUAGCGCGCCUUCGUCCAGUCGUUCUAGGUGAGCAUACCGGCAACGGCGGCAGUCUCGCGGAGUACAUUCUCUCGCACUACAAUCAGCUUCAUGCGCGAAGGCAGUACACCUUCUAUGAAGCACCUCGAUUGCCCUUCACCCCGAUCCUUGGCCCGUCGCAAGGGGAAAGACUGGACAAGGAUGACAAUCGUAUACAGAAGAAAGCCCUACUUUUCCUGGUGGGCGAACAGCGGAGAGAUAUCAUUCCCAAGACGCUCAUGGAUGCGGAAGGGAAACUGGACCCGCAGAAGAGGAUACAGGUAGACGAGGUUGAAGUCUACAGAACGGUAACCAUGGACUCGUUUCAGGAUGAGUUUCAAAGAAAGAUAGACUCGAUCGCACGCCAAGGUUCGAGAUUCGUCGUAGUGGUAGUCUUUAGCCCGCAAGGCUGCGAGUCGAUGCUCCGGUCGCUUGGGUACAUUGACUACUCCAACGCCUUGACAGAGCGAGCGCGGAACAGAUGGACACCCGAAAUAUCUGAAGAUCGAUUGAAGCCCAUUAUUGUGACCAUCGGUCCGACAACGAGGGACCAUCUCAAGAACAAUUACGGCUUUGACGCAGAUAUAUGUGCCACGAAGCCCAGUCCGCAAGGAUUGGGAGACGGACUAGAUGAGUUUCUGCGCAGGAAAAGUCUGGUAUAA